CAAUUGAAGAUCCAAGCAACAUCUCCAAUAUUAAGCAACAUGAAAUAGAGGAAUCCACUGUAGAAAGACACCCAUCAGCUUUGGCCAAUGAGGCAAGCAAGGAACUCGAAAAGUUGAAGAAGAUCUUUAUUUCUUCGGGAAAAGGAACUAAAAUGAUAGAGAUGGCAUGGCAUUAAUGCAAAAGAAUCCUAUCUAACUUCAAAUGAAGCUCUUAAUCAACUUUUGGUAGCAUAGCAAAUAGGUACAGGUUAGUAGGGUGACGGGUCACAAUCUUUGGCAGCAAAUUGGCAGUUGAGCAGGACAAUAGUAGCAGUGUAAAACACAACAUAAGAAUGACUCUUACCCUUGACCCUUGUAUAUAAAGUAUAAACCCUAAUUCAAUCUUUAUUUCUCCUCUUAAUUAGAAGGCACAGCUUAUGGCUUCUAUUAUGAUUUGCCGUAGACUUUCUUAUAAGUUCUUGAAAUCCUCUUAUUUUUCCUAUAUUUCCUCCGUUUCUGCCGCUGAAAACUCCAAAUUUGAAUCCUUUGCUCAUGACUUCUCCAUUUUCGCUCACCAAGCAAAACCGGUAAACCACAAUUUUCACUUCUCCAUAUCUACUUCAACCCCUCCCAAUCACAUCUCCUUUUUUGAAUCCCAAGGUCUAACACAGCCAAAACCCACAACUUCCAAUAACAUUUUUCUUCAACCGUACUCAAGUUUUGCUACAAAAUCCAAAAACCAUAACUUUAUUAGGUCAACAGCAGAAAAGCCAAGACUUUUUCCAUCAACAACAUUUUAUAGAGAGAAAUCCCGAGUCUCUGAUUUGAAGCUAAAGGAGAUAACUUUGACAAACGCCCUGUUAAAGAAUCAAAAUCCCAGAAACUUUUCAACCUCAGAUUCAUCUUCUGAUACUGAAAUCCCCCAAAAUCCAACUGAAGAUCCAAGCAAGAACCUCAAUUUCAAGCACAAAGAAAUUGAGGGAACCACCGUUGAAAGACAAAUAUCUGCUUUGGCCAAUGAGAACAGAAAGGAAUUGGAAAAGAUCAAGAAGAACGUAUAUGGUUUUAUCAAACUUGUAGCUUCAAUUGUAAUUGUUCUACUUGGGCUUGGGAACUGGAUUUAUUAUAUUCUCGAAGGAAGUUUGACGGAGGUAUCAAUUCAACUUUUCAAUGGAAAUCCAAUACAGGCAUCAAUGCAAAAUAUUUGGGUUGUUGCAAACGUUUUGGGUUUUGGGUUUCUUUCUGCACUUGGUAUUCAUUCGAAGAACUGGAUCUAUUCCUUUAAGAAGGUGGAGAAGCAAUUCAAGAUGAUAGAAGAGCACGGCAGCUUGGAGAUUCUUAUCGGUUUGUGGCGAUCUGUAAAAGAAUUUAAUCUCCGCGUUGUGAGGGCUCGCAGUGUCUUUAUAGUAAUGGGACAACAAAAUGAGCAUCAUUUAAGAAAAAGUAAGAGCUAAUGAGCCAGACAAGGGGAAGGAAAAGGCAGGUUUGAAAUCAAUUGAAUUGAAACCAAUUUCUUAUAAGUAAAAUAGCAAGCUCAAUUUAAGGAUAAUGGAGAGUUAAUUGAAAUAUAAUGUUCAAUUAUGAAAUUAUGUUAAAUUUCAUAGAAUUAAAUAC